GAUGACAGUGGUAAGAAAAUCACCAAUAUUCAUGUAAAGGAUUUAAAACCGUAUCACCCGUCAGAUUGUUAGUAAGUAUACCGUAAAUAACCGUUUAGAAAAUUCACCGAACUCACCAUUUGGUUCCGGUCUCAUUCGAGGGGUUCCCCGUUUCGUCCGCCAGAGCCCUCCGGCCGUCGGUGGGUGUUGACCGUACUGAACUUAAAAUCAGUUUCAGAUGUCCGAUUUGCAGACAACCGUAUCCGGGGCGUGCUGGCGUUGUGGCCUCCCCGGAUCGAUCUGGCUGACUAGGGGACCGUCGACUCGAAGCUGUGACCGUUGUGGCCUGUGGGACACACUGGAGGUUUGUGACUGCAUCGAGGGUAGGGAAGAUAUCCCGUGGCCACGUCGGAUGCUGACGAGCGAAGAGCUUGCUCUUCGAGCAUGCCCGAGAUGCUCCACCGAUUCACAGCACCUCCACUUGCAGAAACCGACCGUUGAGGCCACGACUUGUCCUCCAUCCGACACCAUGGCUGACGACAACAUGGAGGUGGAGAUCCUGGAACGCCUCGAUAAGGAGCUGGGAUUUGUGGACCCCGAGGAGGUGGACAUACCCGAAGAUCCACCCAGACCGGUCCCCUUACCGUUGGGAGCAGCGAAGGCAUUCCUCCGCCCGACGCCGAAUAUCGCCGCCGGUUGCUCCACAACACCGUCCCCAGCGCUCGGACCGGCGAGACUACCAGGGACAACACCGCCCAGGGAGAAGGUCCCAUCCAACACCGUUGAAUCCUGGGGAAAAACUGGAGUCAGUAAAAGGUACCUGGAGACGAAAGCGAGGAUACGGAAGGGAACACAAACACAAGAACAACAAACUGACAAAGACGAGUACCUACCCCCAAGCACCAGAACCGUUGGGACUAUGGGCCCCCAGGUAUACGUGGAGCUCCGCCCGGGGUUGUGUUGGAGGUGCGGCCAGGGGGAACACACCAGAGCCACCUGUAGCAGAACCCCCACCCUGUUCUGCAGCCGCUGUGGUCUGUUGGACACCCUCUCCCGGGAUUGUCCAUGUGGAGGUGUGAAGAAAGAUCCAACACCGUCUCCUACCGGUCCAGGAAACAAGAAGCCCCGUACCGCUCCAAUUCCGAAGAAGGAACCGCUUCCCCGGAAGACCGCUCCAGGUCCAAAGAAGGAACCGCUCCCCCGGAAGACGUCCCAGAAGACGACCCAGGCCUGUCCGAGGUGCCACUAUGUGGCCAAAACCUACAACAAGAAGUCUUGUUAAUGACCGUAAUCAAAUUAAACCGUACCGUUAUAUUAUAGCAUGCACCGAUAAUAAAUGGGAUACAUCCGUUC